AUGAACCAAGAUCCUGCACUUCGUUCUGCCGUUGAGGAUUUGAUUCCAGUCUUGGAAAGGAAGAAGUCCGUGGAUAAAAUUGAAGGGUCAAUGAAGGAAGCCAAAAGAAUCCUAGAUUGGGGGCUGUUUCCAAGUAAGGCUCCAAAACGCUAUUUGUGGAACGACACGUGCUGUAUCAACAAAGCCGAUGCGAACGAACUUAACGAGUCACUGGCAAUGAUGGGACAGUGGUACAACAACGCCGAUUUUUGUUUGGUACAUCUUGAUACCACGGAGUCCACAGAAUGGGUCGAUACAUGGGACAAUCUGGAGAAGACGGCUGAGAAAUCAAAUUUCCCUAGCUUUGAUCUUGUCGAAAAACCGAACUGGGCUACGCGGGGAUGGACACUACAGGAACUUGUGUUGAGCAAGAUGACAUUUCAUGUCAAUAGUCUCUGGCAACCAUUGACUCGAUCUGUAGAAGGGCUGGGUCCUUACUAUUACCAUUGUUCCUACCUUGCUCACCAUAUCCGGGACAUCGAUAAACUUGACGUGCCCCUGAAAGCAAAGCCAAUUCUUCAAGACUGUGCAAAGCUACAAGAAUUGAUGGAUACUGAAGAGAAGGUACGUCCUCGCAGGUUUUCCAUGAAUGACGACAAUUCCAAUGCCUACAUUCGAAAAACAAUCUCUCUAGCAGCAUACGAGAUCAAAUCUCGUCUCGACGAGGGAGAUACUGGCGCUGGAAGGCUUAGGUCUUUAUUUGAAGACUUGGGUUUCGAUUUGACCUCCAUCACAGAGCAAGCCACAAACUUGAUCAAGGUUUUGGUGAGAACCUUGAUCGAUGACUGCAAAAUCUCUAUUGAGCUUGACCGAAAGCGAGUCUCUGAGUUCACAAAUGUCCCUCCAGAUGAAUGCUGUCGCGGGCUCAGCAGAUCCAGGCAUCCGGCCCGCGACAUUUUGGUUUUGGCGUCUCAUCGAAGAUGCACUGUUCCCGUUGAUAGUGUUUACUCUUUGAUGGGAGUUCUCGGUGUGAAAUUUCCGGCAUUUCAUGCAGAAGGUCCAACUAAAGCACUUUGCCGGUUACUCGACGAGGUGGUCAUUACCUCAAAUGACAUUUCUGUUUUCAACUGGGCUGGAAAAGACCUGGGAAGUCCGAUCAGGGGUCGAUCGCUGUAUCCUUCGAAAUUGAAUGCGUUCAACCCAAAGAACACCGAAAGCUAUCUUACUGCAAAAAAGAACGAUGAGGCUGCGAAGGCCUCUAGAGAGGAACGGCACGCCUUACAAGACACAGAAUCGCGUCUCACCUUGUUGUUGCGUGGAACGAUUGAAUUUGUUAAAGUAACGCCGCAUAAAGACGUGCCCGUUGACUUAAUACGGAGCAUUCUGGGGUUCAUUAAAGCAACUAAGUUGAUUGACCUCCAACCUCAACUUGAGAAUCUUAGCAGGUUGCUAGUAUAUCUCAAAAAUACUCCCCACUUCGAAGAGUACAAGCCAAAGACACGUUCCUGGGACGACCGCGAAAGAACUAAGAGUGCGGUGGGCGAAGAAAGGAACGCACAGAGUGGUGGCAACAUUGCUUCCCGGUUCGGAAUCAAAACGCCUCAAAUUCCACAAAUGCCUCAGAUGCCACAAAUGCCACAAUUCUCAGCACCGAAGCUCAAAGUCGGAGGGUUUCAAAGCUUUUAUGGUAAAAAAAGUACCUCCAAGGAACCAGAGCCUGCCAAUGGAAGUUCAAAUGCUGCACCAACCACACAGUCACCAGCUACAACUAUACAAGAACAGAAAGAACCCGAAACUCUGGCAGGUGAAGUUGCAGCUUGGAUUUCCGAAAAGCAGGACAUCAAGAACAUUCCGGAU